GUGGUGUGUGAUUCGAUGUAAGCGUACACGAAAUAUUUAUUUGUUAAAGAAUUUUGAUUUUCAAACAGGCAGACAAAUCAAGGGCAGUGCAAUACAAGCAACGCGACGUUUAAUCGAGAAGGCAGAAAUUAGAAAAAAUUUUAAAUUAAGUGAACUCUCACAUACAAUGCUUAUCAUGUAUUAGAAAUAAAUCAAAUACAAAUUUUAAGUUCAUAUUAAAACAAAAAAAAUCUUCUUAGAAAAAAAAAUAAAUAUUAAUCGCCUUUGCACUAAAAAUAUACAAAAAUCAAACUAAAUAAAAAAUAUUUCGAAGUGAUUAUCAAAAUCGGAUUCGUGAGCUCGUGAACGCGUAAUUGAAAAAGUUUUAAAAUCAAUAAGGGCAGGAAACAAUCGAAGUCGGAUCGUAUGACUUUAAAGGAUUUAGAAAUAGUAGUGAGCGAUCUAGGGGUGUGUGACGGCUCAUCCGGCAAAAUGAUGUCCAGAACUUUUAGAUACUUCAAACUGAUGUAUAUUGUGGCGGGUAUUUUAAUGAGUAACGAAAAAGUUUGCCAAUCUGUCGACCAAAUGCAAAUCACGCCUCGUGUCGAAGUGAAGAAGAUUCUCAAGCCACAGAAAGUAUAUAAGGGAGUCGAAAAUGUAUCCAGAAAUUGGUUCCGUAGUUCCUAUUGUUUCAUAGUGAGCCGAAUUAAACGGCGAGUUUCGCCAUUAUUAAGCAUCUUCAACAUAUGGACCAUACCCAAAUACUUGGUGGACUGCUCGACAAAUUACAUCAACAAACAAUUCAUUGGCAACGAUUGUGAUAUGAUUUAUAAUAAAUAAUUUAUCUAAGGAAAAAUUAAUAUUUAAUUAUUUAAUUAAACAAAAAAUUGGUACACCUCUUGAUUACUAAAGGGAUAUAUCAAAUCUAAUUUUUAUAUAUUUUUCCUAUCAUAUACUUACUUGUGAAAAUUUUACUUUUAAAACACUAUACAAAUAUGCAUGAUAAGCAUAGGAAGUUAAUUAAAUUUAAAUUUAAAUUAAGUAUAAAUUAUUAAGAACCCGUAGACGAUUGGAAUGCUAACUUUUCUCAUAUACUUUAAGAUUUAUUUUCUCCAACAUUAAAACAUUUCCAAUUUGUAUG